GUGCGCUGCGCGGGCUAUGAAUGGCUCUUCCCGUCCAGGAGAUAUAAGUCCGCCCGCCCUCCCACCCGCUUAUUUCUGCUUUUCCCUCCCCGACCACCACUUUCUCCAUCAACGUACUCUACCUCCUCCUCCUCCUCCCCUUCCUUCCCGUAAAUCCACAUAAUGUCCCGGCACGUCUCCGCUCUCGCCCUCGCCUCCGACAUACCCCUCUCUCCGCUCUCCGACCACAGCCUUCCGUGGGACGCCCAUCUGCAGCCGACCGGUCUGCUCUACUCCCCCACCCCCAAGCACGGCUCCGGUUUCGACGCAGCGCAAGCCCACUCGUUCGUCGGCCUCUACCCGUACCACCUCCCACCCUCGCCCCCGCGCUCGAUUCCCAGUCCGGGCGAGCGCUCGCCAGUGCCUGUCUCUAAAGUGCUCAAGAACAGCCGCAGGAGCACACCUGCUGAGCUCGAACAGCCUCUAUGCUUGCCGACCCAUCAAGUCUUCGACAUUCCGCCGGGUGGCCUCCUCGCGCCAUCGCCUUCGCCGUCCCCUUCGCCGUCCCCAGCCCCUUUCCGCGAGCGCCUGAGCAUUUCCAUCAACCCAAGCCUUGCAUCGCUCUCCCUGCCAGCGAAGCGUGCGUCGACCAGCACGGCGAGCACAUCCAAGAAGACACGCACUGCAACGUCCACCAAAGACUUUGUGCCCCCGGACGUGUCUGGGUUGAGCAAGCGCGAGGCGCGCCUUGUGAAGAAUCGUGCAGCGGCAUUCCUGAGCCGGCAGCGUAAGCGGGAGGAGUUCGAGUGUAUGGAGGUUCGCGUCGCUGAGCUAGAGCAAGAGAAUGCACGAUUGCUCGCGAUCGCGCAGGCACAGCAAGCGCAGGCGCAGCAAGAUGAGGAGCUUGUCUCGGAGGUCGAGACGCUCCGUCAACAACUCGCAGAGAUGCAGGAACGCGAGCGUGCUCUCGCAAAGGAGCUGUCGCGCAAGACCGCAGUACGAUCGCCAUCACCCGCGCCGUCCACCUCUUCGUUGAGGUCGGACGGCUCCGACGAGUCGCUAAGGCCCACCAAGGGUGAGAAGUCAGGCACGAGCUUAGGAUUGAUGGCACAGGUCCUGCUGUGCGCGCUUCCAUCCCUGCUCUCCGUUCCAAAUCCGAAUCCCCAGUCGCCCCUCUCCAACACGAUCUCCCUCCCGCAGUCCUCCUCCAUCGCUUCCUCCUCGCUCGACGCGUUCCUCGCGUCAUCGUCCGAGUUCGACUGGUCGCUGGCGACGCCAAGCCAUUCCGCCAUGGACCUCGACUUUGACAUGGACCGCGCCGUUGCGCCCCCGUCCAAUAGCCAGACAAUCGAACUCGUCGACGGGAACGACGCGGGCCUCGGCGCUCUCGACAUCUCGUUCGACGCGCAGCCGGCAGAGAAUGGCAAGAUCCGCGUGAGGAUACACCCUUCUUCCGCGCCAUCAUCCUCUGCGGGCACACCGUCGUCCUUCUCAUCUGCAUCGAGUGCCGCGGGCUCGCCGCCCGCAUCGUCGCUCUUCGACGACGACCACACGGUGGCGCUCUGGGGUGAGACGAGCGGCUCACUGGGGCCGUUCCUGAACGCGGACGCAUAUGAAUCGAUGGAGGACGACAUCCUCGCACGGACAGGCUCGCCGUUUGACUUUGAUUUUGAUGCUGGAACCGGGGAGUUCUCCCGCGCGGGCUCGCCUGGUGCGGUGCCCGAGAGGCGGCGCGUGCGGAUUGCGCUACGGAGCAUGCCCGGCAAGGGGCACGAGGGUGGCGAGUGGGAGGUCGAGUUGUGUUAACUCGAGCGGUGAUGGGAGCUCCGGCGCCCUUUUUCGUGUGGCAUAGUGAAGGACUUUUCGACAACAAGAUUACAACGCGAGUUUACUGCAAGAUGAAGGAAGCCAUGGAUGCUCUCAGGUACAUAUCAUAGGCCCCUUUUCACUUUAUUGUGCGGAACGAAUUUUUUUUGCUUUCCUGUUUCAUAUUUGCUUGUCUCUUUUUAUUGUGUCUUUGUGUGUGUCCCGUGUCGCCGUCUUCGCUUUCGCUCCUGUUGCAUUGCAUAGCCGGUGUCGAUGAGCAGUUGCACGCAGUAGGUGCCCCCCACCCCAUCCAUCCUUUCGUAUGCCGUAUGACCUAAGCUAUGACCCUAUAUCCCUAUCCUACACGCACGCAUCGUACCAUACAGCACUCGAAUGAU